AUGGUGCCUCCGGCGCAUACUCCCCUCACUCCGACCGUGGCGGACCAUCGUCCGAGAGUGAACGCAGGAGCGUGGCCGAACUGGUCCCAACGGUCCGUCGACGACGAACCCGAUCACGUUGCGCGCAACCCCCACCAUAUAACGGGACCGCCCGCAACUACAGCCAACCCCCAACACUACAUUAGACACAUCGACCACUUUGACCCCAGACUCGACCCACCGACGAGCCAGGCGACGUACCACGUGGCAGACCGCUCACGGUUCCCCGGGGACCCCUCCGCUUAUGAGAGACAACCCCCGACCGGACCCGCCGCAGCACACCGGCACGUUAAACACGAAACGCAUGGCCACCAGACCCAUACGCACGGACUGACCAUGGACCGCGACGAACAACGGCCAACAGCCCGCCAUUGGGAUGGUCGAGACCCGCUCGGACCAUCCGACCGCGACUUCGACCGCAUAGCUAGACACAUAACCCGCUUUGACCCCCGGCCCGGCAUGCCUACAAACACCCGGUCAUACCUCCGCGUCGUCGACUUCCACGCCGACCGCAUGCCACACGCGUCUCAAGAUGACAAAAUAUACUUGAUUAGACUCACGUCCAACGGAGAGGUGAAUGACUUCAUCGAAAGGCAACCAAGGGCUAUAAAACAUGACUACAACGAGCUCUGCAAAGCCAUCCUGGCAGAAUACUCAGACUACGGCGCCUCCGGGACCCUCACGGCAGCCAUGGCGGUCAAACAAGCUCACAACGAGCUUGCGGAAUGCUACUACCACAGGUUGCGACAGGCCUUCUUCGGCAACCGGAACUACGAAGGGAUGGAGGAAGACACAAAUUUCAGGGCCCUGUACCUCCAAAACCUCCACCCCAACCUUAGCCAACUACUGGGCGUGUACGCCUGCCCCCUUACGCAGGACAUACGACAACUGAAGACCCUAGUGGCACGGGCACAAGGCAAGCACCUGCUCAAGUCACAGGCUAAACCGCAAACCCAACCUUCGGUGUACAGUGUGGAAAACCACAUGGAACUUGAAGGCGCACCAACGGCCCCAAAACACAAAUGGGAACCAAACCACAGACCCCAAAGGAAUAACCAGAGACAAGCGGAACCAAAAAGCGGACAGCCACGCGACCACAAACUCCCGCAAUUCGGUGAGAGACGCGCCGGCCAAGCCGACGGGAAUGACCGAACGCCACAACGAUCCCGCCAAGACCGCACCGCUACUACCAUAAAUAAAGGAAACCUCUCCAGAGAGGAACAGUCCCUCCUCCGAACGCUCCUGCGCAAGGCCAAAGAAAGGAAGACGGACAACGCCGACGUGUUCGCAGUGUCCGUGCCGGAUGACGCAGAGAACGCACCCUACCGGGUAAACGACGACCUCAGCGAACAAGAGCUGGACGACGACUACUCUGACCCAUACAUACUGGAGGAACUCCAGAAUGAGCUGGGCGAGGAAACCUGGGAGCCCCACCCACAUGAUGAAGACGCCUACUGCGACCAAAGAGACGUCAUGGUGGUACAGGUAAGUUCGAUCACCGACCCGCGGGGGGAUGGACCCUCGACAAUCAGGUGCGAACCACCGUUCCACCAGUUCAUUGGCGAUUUACAACAGAAGGGAGCCAACAGGAAACUUUACUUGUCCGUGACACUCGAGGACCAAUGGGAACACGAAGCGCUCAUUGACACAGCCGCCGACAUCAGCCUGAUUGCCGGCGACCUCUUCGGUAAGUUACAGUCACUGGCAAGAAAAUCCCACAGAGACCUAAAGACACAACUGUGUAACUUGGAAAUACGACCCUAUUCCCAGGUAAACACUACCAUACACAGAAUGGCGCUAAUACAACUCACGGUGGGCCCCAUGACGCUGGUCCACCCGGUCUACAUCUCCCCGUUCAACUCUAUCCCGCUCCUGCUGGGCCAGGACCUCCUGAACCGCUUCGAGCCCCUGAUAGACUUCCAGCGCCUAAAGAUCUGGGCCCAGGUCCGGAAGCCUUUGCCCAUCCCACGCACACUGAGCGAAACCCACUGCUACCUCGUGGAGACGCCACCAACAGCCGAACGAAGGCCGACCAAGGCACUAGCCGAAACCGGUCGCCAGGACUUCCCGACAAGUACCGGCGCCAACUUCCUGUGCGCCUUCACGCCAUCCGCGCAUUCGGACUCCCCCGCCAUAAACGCCGGUGUAACCUUGGAAGGCGCAAACUUCCCAGUCGCCGCCCUCGCCUACUGGGCUGGCCCAAAACUCGCCAAAACUACCAUUCGUGAGGAAGGCCUCGCGCUUCCCAAAGGACCACCGAUACAUGACAAGACGCUCAAGCAUACGUUCUCGGUCGUCAAAGGCUUGCCGCACCCGAUAGUCAUCGGCGGCGACGUCCUGACGCGCUUAGACACACGAAUAGACACGAUCAACAACGUCCUCUGGUCGCUAACAACCGUGACGAAUAAAUCCGAGACCCCCCCGCUAGACAACCUAAAAUCGGGCCAGACCAUACCGGAGGUGUGCCAGGUGGCAGCGCAGAACCACCUCUCGCUGCCACCCAACACGUCCGCGCCACUAGGCUUGGUAGUCCUACCUGGCCAAAUGACCAGCAACUCCCAGGUUUUCUUCCAACCGUCCCACCUUUUCCUGACGCUGGGCUUACAAACGGAAGCGACCCCCCUCCUACGGCUGGAAGGCCGCAGGGCGCACGUUAAGGUGCUGAAUACCACAGGGGACGCCAUCCUCAUACCGCGGGGCACCCCACUGGGCUGGCUGAUUGACACUACGUUCCACGAUUUCGACCUGCGCCUCCCGGUGAUAGGGGACUGGCCAACAGGGCUGGACCGGGACCCCGACGCGCGGGCCCUGCUCACCAAACCAUCAAGGUCGAUCUCACUCUUCACGGUACCCGGCCCCAAAUCCAGCGACGUGUAUAGAGUCGACCUGACUAACCAGUCGGAGAUGGUCCUACAAACCAUCUCAGUCAUAGACUCGGGGGUCGACACCUUCCCCACCCGAGAGGUUCACGAGCCAACGCAAGAACCCACCGCCUGCCCCUCCUUCGAGGAGGAGCUGGACAAAACCGUGGCGUUAGCGGAUGCCAUCAACACUGACGAAGAAAGAGCUAAACUCCGCCAGGUGCUGAUGAAAUACAAAUCCUCUUUCGCCACAGACGCAACGGACUGCGGUCUGACCAACAUUCACACAGUCCGCAUCCCGUCUAAACCCAACGCCCCGCCGACCUACGUCCGCCAAUACAAAAUUCCCUUGGCAUCGUAUAAACCGGUGCAGGGCAUUAUAGACGACCUCCUCGUAAAAGGGGUCAUAAGACCCUGCAACAGCACCUACUCCGCCCCUAUAUGGCCGGUGCUCAAGCCCAACGGCAAGUGGCGACUGACUGUCGACUACCGCCGCCUCAACUCGCAAAUUCCCCUGUCCAGAUGGCCAAUGACCCAACUGGGCCAGGACCUACCAAAAGUUAGGGACGCAAACGCUCGAUAUCGCUUCGGGCUUCUGGACGAUACCGCAGAGUUCAACAUCUUCCUAAACAAGGCCUGCCCGGAUGCGGCCAGCAGGGACACCUUAAUCUACGUGGAUGACGUCCUCCUGAGGACCACCUCCUUCGAGGAACACCUGGUGGAAAUCGACCACGUCCUGGAUCAACUAACUUCGGCUGGGGCGAAGGUGUCGCUACGUAAAUGCCAAUGGUGCCGCACCAAGGUAAACUAUGUAGGCCUCCUAGUCGGACCAGAGGGCGUGGAACCGCAGGCCGACAGAACCCAAGGCCUUUCGAACCUAAAGACGCCCACAAACAUCUCGGAACUACGCAGCUUGCUAGGAGUGUGCAACUACUCCCGCCAGUUUGUGGAACACUACGCCGAAAUAGCGAAACCUCUGACGAACCUCCUAAAAAAGGACACACCGUUCGUCUGGGAAGACAGCCAUGACGAGGCCAUGAAGGCCCUGCUCGACCGAUUGAGAAAAGCCCCGUGCCUGGUGUACCCGAACCUGAACAAACCAUUCUUCUUGGAAAUCGGGUUCUCCGAGCACAGCCUCAGCGCGGGCCUAUACCAAACUCACGACUCCGACAAAAGAAUCAUUGCCUACGCCAGCAAGACGAUGGCCGCGCCCGAGACAAAAUACUCGGACUGCGAAAAAUCCCUGCUGGCCACCGUCUGGGCGGUGAGACACUUCUCAAACUACAUUGGCAACCAAACAGUGGUCGUCAAUACGAACCACCAACCGGUGACAUUCCUCGCCAGCCAAAGGCUCAGAGACGGUAUCGUCACAAACGCUAGGGUAGCCACCUGGCUGAUGGCACUACAAAGCUUCGAUCUCCAGGUGUCAUACGCACAAAAACACAGGUCGUACCUCGGGAUGGGACUGGCCGAAUGCCAAGACUGCAUCGUCGACACACCAGCCGGGACCAAGUUGGAUCUGCUACCCACCCCACUUGAGCCACAACAACACUGUUACUUCGACCAGAAUCUAUGUGACGGCCUGCCAACUGCAUACGUGGACGGCUGCUCGUUCCACCACGAAACCAUCAAACGCGCCGGUGUCGGCAUCGUGUGGAAGGGCGACGAGCCCGCCACCCCACAGAAAUUCCUCCUGGGGCCCCAAACUUCACAAUAUGCGGAAAUCGCCGCAAUACUAAUCUUGCUACAACACGCCGUGUCAUACGGAAUCAACACCAUGGUGAUCUGCACAGACUCUAACUACGCCCGACUCAGCUUCUCCUGCCACCUGCCUCUGUGGAAGAAAAAUGACUACGUCACCUCCAGCAAAAAGCCAGUCAAACACAAACAAUUGUUCAUGUCCUGCGAUAAGAUAGUCACGGAACGCAACAUGCAGAUCUACUGGAAAAAAGUCCGGGGCCACUCACGGGAGCCUGGCAUGGACAAAGAGCUAAACGACAUGGCCGACAGCCUGACCAAACAAGGCGCCGUGAACGGCGCAGAAUGGCAUUUCCAGGAGCAAUUACCUGAGACACCCGCCCAAGAGCAACCCGCCCCCGCAGUAUGUGCGGUCACGAGGGCUAACGCGCCUACAAAGCAGCCAACUCCGGACGUCACGCCCGCACACACGACCCCCGCCUUCGACAGGUCCGACCUGGUGUCCCUCCAAAAUGCGGACCCCACGCUGAAACGUGGCCAAACAUGCAAAAGGACGCCAAGCAAUACGUCGAGGGCUGCCUCGUGUGCUGCCAAUUCCAACCAACAAGACCACUACACCGGGCCCCCCUACAGUCCAGAGGUAUAA